AUGAGGGUGUUUGUACUUGCUCUGACUUUGGCCCUUGUGGCGGCCAACCAGGUCGACUAUGUCCCACGGUUUCCCAUUGGGAAGGUCCACGUGUACAAAUACGAAGGACGUCUUCUGAGUGGCCUGCCUGAAGAAGGUCUGGCAAGGGCUGGAAUAAAAAUCAAAAGCAAAGUUUUGAUCAAAGCGUUAACACCAGACGAUCUUAUUCUGAAGGUUGUAGAUCCUGAAAUCUUGGAGUACAGUGACAUCUGGCCAAAACAGUCUUUCUUGCCAGCCACCAAGCUGACUUCAGCCCUGGCUGAACAACUCACUCAGCCUAUUAAAUUUGAGUACAAGAAUGGAGUUGUUGGCGAGCUGAAAGCAACUUUGGACAUCUCAAGACCUGUGCUUAAUAUCUUCAGAGGAAUCCUGAACAUGCUGCAGCUAAACAUCAAGAAGACUCAGAAUGUCUACGAGCUGCAAGAGUCUGGAAUUCAAGGUGUAUGCAAGAGCCAAUAUGUUAUCCAUGAAGACACAAAGGCUGAGCGCAUCUACCUGAGCAAGACCAGAGAUCUGAAUCACUGCCAGGAGAGAAUCCAGAAGGACAUUGGCUUGGUUUACACACAUAAAUGUCCUGAGUGUGAAAUUAGAGAAAAGGCCAUGAAGGGAGGUGCUGCCUACAAUUACAUCAUGAAGCCAACACAGAGCGGUUCUCUGAUCUUGGAAGCUUCAAGUACAGAGCUCAUUCAGUUCUCACCUUUCAACAUCUUGAAUGGUGCACCCCAGAUGCAGACGAAGCAAAACCUGACCUUUAUGGAGAUUGGAAAUAUGCCACUGGAGCCGGUCAAGAAACAGUAUUUGCCACGUGAAUCCCUGAACUAUGAGUUUACCACUGAACUUCUCCAGACACCCAUCCAGCUUCUGAAGAUCACCAAUGCAGAGAGUCAGAUUACUGAGACUCUGAACCAUCUGGUGCGUUUUAAUGCUGACAAAGUCCAUGAAAAAGCACCAAAGAAAUUUAUUGAGCUUAUCCAGUUACUGAGGGUGGCUAAAACGGAACUGCUUGAGAACAUCUGGAGUCAGUUCAAAGCUAAACCAGAAUUCAGGCGCUGGAUCCUGGAUGCUGUCCCUUACAUUGAAACACAUGCUAGCUUCAUGUUUAUCAUAGAGAAGAUUAAUUCUGAUGAAGUGACUGCUCCUGAAGCUGCUCAAGCUUUGUUGGCCUAUGUGCACGUGGGAAAAGCUGACUAUGAGACCAUCAAGCUCAUUAAGGGGUUAUUUAAUACCAGGAUUCAGCAAAACCCAUUUUUGCGUGAGAUCGUCAUGCUGGGCUACGGCACCAUGAUUGCUAGAUUCUGUGAAACAGAACACAACUGCUCACCGGAACUUGUGAAGCCUAUCCACGAUCUUAUAGCUCAGGCUGUUGAACAGAAAAAGAAUGAGGACAUCACAAUCCUUCUCAAAGUUCUUGGUAACGCAGGUCAUCCUUCAAGUCUGAAGCCAAUAAUGAAGCUGCUGCCCAUCUUCGGCAAUGCUAGAGAUCUGCCACUGCCAGUUCAGAUUGAUGCUGUUCUGGCUCUGAGAAACAUUGCAAAGAAAGAGCCUAAGAUGAUCCAGAACGUGGCUAUUGAGCUCUUCAUGGACAAGGAUCUGCAGCCAGAGCUCAGAAUGGUUGCCGCUGCUGUGCUGUUUGAGACAAAGCUGCCAUCGGGUUUGGUGUUCACACUUGCCGGUACAGUCCAGAAAGAAAGAAAUCUUCAAGUUGCUAGCUUCAUUUAUUCCUACAUGAAGUUCAUGUCGAAGAACACUGCUCCUGACUAUAUAAAUGUAGCUGCUGCUUGUAAUGUUGCUGUGAAAAUGCUGAACCCCAGAUAUGAGCGGUUGAACUAUCGCUACAGCAAAGCCCUGUACUUCAAUGCAUACAGCAACCCUUGGAUGAUGGGAGCUGCUGCCACGGCCUUUUACAUCAACGAUGCUGCAACUCUUUUCCCGAGAGCUGUUGUGGCCAAAGUUCGCGCCUACUUUGCUGGAGCAUAUGCUGAUGUUUUUGAGCUUGGAGUGAGAGCUGAAGGAAUCCAGGAAGCCCUUCUUAAAAACCAGGCACCUGACAAUGCUGACAGGCUCACCAAGAUGAAACAAGUCAUAAAGGCUCUUAAAGAUUUUAGGGCUGCCCCUGCAAGCCAGCCACUGGGCUCUCUGUACGUCAAAUUCUUCGGACAGGAAAUUGCAUUUGUGAACAUUGACAAACCCAUGAUUGAGCAGGCUAUUCAGCUCGCUAUGGGACCCUCAGUCAAUAAAUAUGGAAAGCAGGCUUUGGAUUAUCUGUUGUCUGGAUUCACACAGCGUUAUGUAAAAUCUCUGCUCAUCGCUGAGGUUCGUCGCAUUGUGCCCACUGCCCUCGGUCUGCCUCUGGAGCUGGGUUUCUACACGGCUGUUGUGGCCGUGGGGGCUGUCCAAUUCCAAGCCACUGUGACACCAGCUCUACCUGAGGACUUGCAUGCUGCUCAACUUCUUAAAUCUGAUUUCAGCAUGAGGGCUGCCAUUACACCAAGUGUUGCCAUGCACACCUACGCGGUUAUGGGAGUGAACACUGCAUUGCUCCAGGCCUCUCUGAUGCUAAGAGCUAAAGUUCACACAAUUGCUCCUGCAAAUAUUGAAGCAAGACUUGACUUGAAUGAGGGCAACUUCAAGCUUGAGCUCUUGCCUGUUCGUGGUCUUGAUAAGAUUGUAUCAGCAAAUGUCGAGACUUUGGCAAUUUCAAGAAAUGUGGAGGAUCUUGCUGCUGCUAAAUUUACACCAAUACUUCCUGCAAGACUUCCAGGACAAAACUCAAGACAGAGCCAUAUGUCUGUGAAUGCUUCUCACAUGUCAUCUUCAGAGAAUGGUGCUGGGUCUGCCUCAUCAGAAAUCCUUCCUGUUGACCACCAAAGUAAAAUUUACCUGAGAAGGCCCAAGAUUUUUGAGAAGAAAAAGUGUGCUACUGCAGAAACCUUUGGAAUCAAGGCAUGUGCUGAAAUGGAAUCUUGGAAUGCAGCUUCCAUCAGAAGUGGCCCUCUGUAUGCUAUCUUGGGAGAACAUAGUCUGUUGGUUGAUGUUGCUCCAGUUGCUGGACCACCCAUUGAGAAGAUUGAAGUUGAGAUUCAGGUCGGAGGCAAUGCUGCCGAAAAGAUUGUGAAAGUGAUCAAAGAAAGCAAGGACAAUCUAAAUGAUAGGGAUGUGCUCACAAAACUCAGAAGAAUACUAUCUCCAGUUUUGAACGACACCUCCUCCAGCUCCAGUUCUAGCUCUUCCAGUUCUCGCUCCAACAGUUCCUCUGCUUCCACUUCUCGCUCCAGCUCAUCCUCUUCUUCCAGAUCUCAGUCACACACAGUGUCAUCUUCCAGUUCUCGCUCCAACAGUUCCUCUGCUGUUUCAAGCAGUAGCUCCAGCUCUUCCUCCAGCUCUUCCUCCAGCUCUUCCUCCAGUUCUUCCUCCAGCUCUUCCUCCAGCUCUUCCUCCAGCUCUUCCUCCUCAAGCAGUUCCAGGUCCAGAUCUUCCUCCUCGAGCAGCUCGAAGCGCAAUUCAAAGGGCUCCUCCUCUCAACAGUUCCAAAGCGCAAGUUUUAAGAAGGACCACAUUCACCAGCAUUCAGUCUCCAGGAAAUCCAGCAGAAGCAGUGCUAAGAGCUUUGAAGAGAUCAGUAGAAAGGAGAGGUACCUUGCGAACUCUGUCAGUCCAGCUGUGGUCAUUCUGAUCCGUGCCGUGAGAGCUGAUCAAAAGCCUCAGGGCUACCAGAUUGCUGCUUACCUUGACAAACCUACAAAGAGAGUUCAGAUCAUUGCUGCCACCCUGGCUGAGAAUGAUAAGUGGAGAGUCUGUGCUGAUGGUGUGAUGCUGAGCUACCACAAGCUUAUGGCUAAGGUCGGCUGGGGCGACAUGUGCAACCAGUACGAUGCCAAGAUCAAAGCUGAAACUGGAAUUGUGAAUCAAGACCCUGCAUUCCGCCUGAAACUGAACUGGAACAAGCUUCCAUCAGCCAUGAAGGACUACGCAAAAAUGGUCUCUGAGUACAUUAAAUGUGUCACUAUGGGACACAGAAUGAUCUUCGAUAAAGUAUCCAGAGGUUGUAAAUGUAGGGAAAUCAGUCUGACAGUUGUUGCUCCUUCUGACAGAACACUGAAUGUUGCACUGAAGACGCCAAAGUGGACUGUUCACAAACAGGGUGUGCCUCUCCCUAUUUCUCUGCCAAUUCAAGAAACCGCUGCAGAGCUGCAAUUGCACAGUGGCAACUGGCGUAACGUGGCUCUACACAUGAUUACCAAAGCAAAUGCAGCUGAGUGUGUCCUGGAUGGUGAAACAGUGACCACAUUCAACAACAAGAAAUUCCAGAACUCUUUCCCCAACAGCUGCAAACAGAUUUUGUCUCAAGAUUCCUCAGAUGAUCACAAAUUUAGGGUUCUGCUUAAGAGAGACAACCAGAACCAUAUCAAUAUCCAACUUGACCGCAUUGAUGUUGACUUGUACCAGAUGGACAACAACAUUACGGUGAAGGUUAAUGAACAAGAAGUAACCGACAACCUCCCAUAUCAUCAUCCAUCAAAGGACAUUCAUAUCAUGAAGAAAGGUGAAGCCAUUUCUCUCCUUGCUAAAAGUCAUGGACUUCAGGAGGUCUUCUAUAAUAUGGACACAGUGAAGGUUCGUGUUGUGGACUGGAUGAGGGGUAAGGUCAGUGGACUCUGUGGAAAAGCCGAUGGGGAAAGCAAAGAGGAAUACCGCAUGCCCAGCGGACGUGUGACCCCAGACCCAACCAUCUUUGCUCACUCCUGGGUUCUCCCUGGAAACAGCUGCCAAGAUCCCUCUGGAUGCUUCUUGAAGCAAGAAUUUGUGAAGCUGGAGAAGCAGAUCUCCAUCCAGGGCCAGCAGCAUAAGUGUUACUCUGUUGAGCCUGUGCUCCGCUGUCUGCCCAAGUGCACACCACAGGAUCCCACUGUCACUGUCACUGCUGGCUUCCACUGCGUGCCUGUUGAUACUACUGUAAAUGAACAGGAUCUGAGCAGCAUGCUUGGGAAGAGCGAGGAUGUGAGGGAACAAACAAAAGCCCACGUGGCCUGCCUGUGCAAUCAGUGUGCUUAA